AUGCCAGGUCUUGAAGCAAGCUUUGUUGGAUGGAGGUUUGGUUACACCCCGAGUCCACCAAAACUUGAUAUGUACCCCCUUUUAUACUCACUGGUAUCCGGUGUAGCCCGUAGCGACCGGGGCCGACGAUUGGCGUACCAGGGACGCAAAUCAAUGCACUCACAUCCUUCAUGGAGCAGACUUUUGGUGCGCUAUCCUCAUCCCCGCGACGCCAAUGCAUCGGCCCAGCCCUUCUCUCUAUACCCCCGGGGCCAGCAGGAAACCCCGUUUGAACCGGAGAGAAACCUGGCGCUUUCUGUGGAACCGCCAGGGGUCGUUGCUCCACCACUUUGCCCGAAUAGGGCCCCGCCCCUCUUGGGACGCUUGGCAGAUCUGCAUCGGUGCAACAAUAUCUGGGUGCUAGUGUGGGCGGUCUCCGCAUGUCUGGGAGAGAGGUUAUUUCGCAAACCCUGGACCUUGCCACCAGGUGAUCCUCCACUAGCCGGAUGGCAAUCUCCAGAUCUUCUGGACCCACUCCGAUGUUCGGGAGGGGAGGCGGGUGAUGAACUGUUCCAGUACCACGGCAUCCACCACCUGGACGGUGGUCAGGCCAUCUUGUACAGCCAUCUGCGACAGGCUUCAUGGAGCUGCUCGAACAAUAGUUGUAUUCUAGCUGACUGUUGUGAGAGCCAGAGAGAACAGAGCAUGGAUAUCUCCACAACUUCAGAAUAUGAAAGUGGUGCGUUUAAUUUUACAGAUUUUACCAACUUGAUUACUGAUACUGAUGACUACGAACCAGAACUGGAUGGAUUAUGUAGCAAAGAAUUGGUGCGACAGUUCAGUAAGAACUUUGAGCCUCCUCUCUACUGGAUCAUCUUUGUUGUGGGGGCUUUGGGCAACCUACUGGUUAUCUGCAUCUUCACAACUGUGCGGAACCGUCUCAAGACCAUGACCGAUGUGUACCUGCUGAACUUGGCAGUGGCUGAUCUUAUUUUCCUAGGUACAUUGCCCUUCUGGGCAACAAAUGCAGCUCAGGGAUGGGUGUUCCACCAGGUCAUUUGCAAAGGAGUUUCAGCCGCAUACAAAAUCAACUUUUUUGCUAGUAUGCUCUUGCUCACUUGCAUUAGUGUGGAUCGCUACAUUGCCAUUGUCCAUGUAACUGAAGCACACAACUACAAAAACAAACGCAUGUUACAUAGUAAGAUUACAUGUGCUUUUGUGUGGCUGGCCUCCUGCAUUUUAGCUCUACCAGAAUUUAUUUUUGCCAAAGUGAAAAACAUUGAGCCACAGCACAACUCAUGUGUCAUGGUAUACUCAAUAAUGGAUAAUAACCGUACAAAAGUUUUGGUGUUGGCUUUGCAGAUUUGUGUCGGUUUCCUAGUUCCAUUUAUGGUCAUUGUCUUGUGUUACUCUGUCAUUAUUCGUAAACUGAUGCAGGCUCGGAGCUUUGAAAAACACAAGGCUUUAAGGGUAAUUAUUGCAGUUGUGGCUGUUUUUGUUUUCUCACAGUUGCCGCUUAAUGGAUACCUUAUUAUAGAAGCAGGCCAAGCCAACAAUGCCACAAUUACAGACUGUGAAGUCAUGCAAAGAUUAGAUAUGGUUGGGCAAAUUGUGAAGAGUCUUGCUUACACACACUGUUGCUUGAAUCCCAUUCUGUAUGUUUUUAUUGGGGUUCGUUUCCAGAAAGAUCUCCUGAGCCUACUUCAGUGCAUGUCCUGUGGCUUAGGAUCAGUUGAAAACUGUAAACUGCAAGACACUAACAAGAAACCCUCUGUUAUGUCUGACACCGACACAACUCCAGUUUUUUCUUUAUAGAUCAUUGUUGAUUUUAUCAACAACUUUUAUCCAAAAACUUCAACAGUGUCAUUUGCCAUGCUAAAGGUGUGAUAUACUUAUUUUUAUAGUUUAGAAUUGUGGACUAUUAAUUGUGCUUCAUCAUAGUAUUCUUCUUUUAUAGUUUUCAGGCUCCUUUUUUGUAGGUGGAGUAUCUUCCUGGGCAUUUAACCAGUAUUUUUUGGAAAAUAUGAUUCUAGUUAGUGUACUGUUUUAUGUAUAAUAUUAUGUUUUUUUAUGUAUACACAUCAGCGAAAAUAUUAUAAAGUUUAAAUAUAUUA